UCGCUAGGAACGUUUGGACGUCCCCACAAAUUCGAUAGUAGUGACGGUAGAUCAGCGAAACCCAGCGCACUUCCUCCCAGUAGUGUGGUUUGAAGGGCUCUCCGAAGAACUCCCCGGGAAAGAGCACCCUUGCUCGAUCGCCUUCUUCUUCUAAGUAGGCACUACUACUGUGGCCGUUCCUUCUUUUGAAAAAAACACUAGCUUCCUUCCAGCUGAAAAUCUAUAAAAGGGUAAAUCAAUCCUCGGUUCGUGAUUGGUGCUUAAGUGAAAAUCAUUGUGUGCUGCGGUCCUUUGAACCUCGCUCCCCCAAUGCUCAGUGGUCCUUCGAGCCGAUUCUUAAUUUAAAACCGUGUUUGACCUUAAAAAGGAUUUCUCCUAUCACUACUACUGUCACUGUGCUGCUGUUCCUGCCGUUGCUCCUGCUCAGCGAUUAAACUCCUUAUCGUGAACUGGAACGAUAUCUUUUUGUGAAGAAUCGAACCGUGUGCCGUGUUGUCGAAAGUGAACGUGUUCCGAUCAAAUUUUAGGAAAAGUCAAACCCGAACCAGUGUCCUUUACGUAAUUGCUACCAGUUGUCUUGGGUUGUGUCCAGAGCUCGUGUAGCAAGCGAAUUAUCCCGCAUUUAAGGAGUGAACCAAUCUUGGAUACAAUCUUCACCACGCUUCAGACCAAAGUUUCAAACACCAAAGACCUGUCUUUUUAAGUGACACAAGAAAAAAUAUCCAAAACCACACACAUCCAGUUAGAAAAAAAAAACCAAAACAAAACCCCCGGGUGUCAAUCAUGUGGAGUGACGACGAGGACAUGUACGGCCAGAAGAAGAAACCGAUCGAGGCCACCUGGGAGGAGUACAACCAGCUGUACCGGAGCUUCGAGCACUUUUUCACCAUUUCCGAGCACGACCGGAAGGAAACGGUGCGGGUGUUCUUCAUGGAGCAGCCGGUGCCGGAGCCGGAAGUGCCGGGACUGGAGUUCGUGCCGACCAACAUGCUGGCGGCGGUGUUCCUGCACUCGCACAAAGCUGAAGUCAAGAUGCCGAGCGGAGAAGUCGACAAACCGAGAAUCGAGGACAAUCGCGAUGGAACCGUAUCGAUCCGGUACGACCCGAAGGAGGAGGGCAUCCAUGAGCUGGCGGUCAAGUACAAUGGCGAACACGUGCAGGGUUCCCCGUUCAAGUUCCACGUCGAUUCCACCUCAAGCGGCUACGUAACGGCCUACGGUCCAGGACUAACGCAUGGCGUCACCGGUGAACCGGCCCAGUUCAUCAUCUCCACCAAGGGAGCUGGCGGUGGAGGACUCCAGAUGGCCGUCGAAGGUCCUAGCAAAGCCGAUAUCACCCACCAUGACAAUAAGGAUGGCACCAUUUCCGUUUCAUACCUUCCAACGGCUCCAGGCGAAUACAAAAUCUCGGUCCGCUUCGGGGACAAACACAUAAAGGGCUCUCCGUACUUCGCGAAGGUGACCGGUGAAGGUCGCAAGCGUAACCAAAUCUCGGUUGGUUCUUGCUCGGAAGUGACUCUACCUGGUGUUAUCACCGAUAACGAUCUGCGGUCCCUGAACGCAUCCAUCCAGGCGCCAACCGGUUUGGAGGAACCUUGCUUCCUGAAGCGCAUGCCCACCGGAAACAUUGGCAUUUCCUUCACUCCACGAGAGAUCGGCGAGCACACGGUAUCGGUCAAGCGACUUGGCAAGCACAUCGCAAAUUCUCCUUUCAAGGUCAACGUCUGCGAGCGUGAAGUCGGAGACGCCAAAAAGGUCAUCGUUACCGGAAACGCCCUCAAAGAGGGUAAAACCCACUCGGACAACGUUUUCUCCGUUGAUACACGCAACGCAGGUUACGGUGGUUUGUCCCUGUCCAUCGAGGGGCCUAGCAAGGCAGACAUCCAGUGCACCGAUAAAGAGGAUGGUACGCUAAACAUUUCCUACAAACCAACCGAACCGGGCUACUAUAUCGUGAAUCUCAAGUUCGCCGAUCACCAUGUCCAGGGAUCGCCCUUCACCGUCAAAGUUUCCGGCGACGGAACCAAUCGGCAGCGUGAGAAAAUCCAGCGGCAACGGGAUGCCGUUCCGGUUACCGAGGUUGGCAGCAAGUGUAAGCUCACCUUCAAGAUGCCCGGCAUCACUUCGUUCGAUCUAUCCGCAACGGUUACCUCACCUGGAGGCGUCUCCGAAGAUGCCGAAAUCCAGGAAAUCGAGGACGGCCUCUACGCAGUGCACUUCGUUCCUAAAGAACUCGGGGUGCAUACCGUGUCCGUGAAAUACAAGCAGAUCCAUAUCCCCGGAUCGCCAUUCCAGUUUACCGUCGGACCCCUCAAGGACACCGGUGCCCAUCUGGUUAAGGCGGGUGGAUCCGGUCUCGAGUACGGCGAGCAGGGUGUACCAUGCGAGUUCAACGUUUGGACCCGUGAAGCCGGAGGUGGCACCCUGGCCAUUUCCGUUGAAGGUCCCAGCAAGGCGGAGAUCGAGUUCAAAGACCGUAAGGACGGUUCUUGCGAUGUUUCCUACGUAGUCAGUGAACCUGGUGACUAUCGGAUUGGUUUGAAGUUCAACGACCGCCAUAUUCCAGACUCUCCGUUCAAGGUUUACGUUUCACCUGCCAUGGGUGAAGCGCACAAACUAGAAGUUGCACAGUUCCCAACUGGACCGGUGCAAGCCGAUAAACCGGCACAGUUCAUCGUCCGGAAGAACGGUGCCAAGGGUGACCUGGACGCUAAGGUCGUAGCCCCCUCCAACAACGAAGACGAUUGUUUCAUCCAGUUGAUCGACCAGGACCAGUACUCGGUUCGGUUCUAUCCUCGGGAGAACGGCAUCCACGCGAUCCACGUCAAGUUCAACGGUGUUCACAUCCUGGGAUCACCGUUCCGCAUCAAGGUUGGCAAGGACGAUGUCGACCCGGCGGCAGUUCACGCUUCCGGAAAAGGCCUCGGCGAUGUCAAGACCGGCGAGAAGACAGACCUCAUCAUCGACACCUGCAAUGCCGGCGCGGGAACGCUGGCCGUUACCGUUGAUGGUCCCUCCAAGGUUGCCAUGGACUGCACGGAAAUCGAGGAGGGCUACAAGGUGCGGUACACGCCACUUCUGCCGGGACACUACUACAUGACCAUCAAGUACAAUCAGAUGCACAUUGUCGGUUCGCCCUUCAAAAUUGUCUGUACAGGCGAAAAACUGGCGGAAGAGGGUGGUCAGGAAACUUCCUCCGUCAUCGUCGAUACGGUAGCUAAAAUCUCCAAGGGUGGCAACAAGACCGGUGUAAUUCUGCCAAUGUUCAAAUCGGACGCGAGCAAAGUGCAAUCCAAGGGCAUGGGACUGAAAAAGGCGUACAUGGGCAAACAGAAUCAGUUCACGAUUGGCGCAGGAGAUGCCGGCAACAACAUCCUCUUCGUUGGCAUCCAUGGACCGAAGGGACCCUGCGACGAGGUCUUCAUCAAGCACACCGGCCGGAACCAGUAUCAGGUGAACUAUUUGGUGCGUGAACGUGGCGACUAUAUUCUGCUAGUCAAAUGGGGCGACGAUCAUAUUCCCGGUUCACCGUUCAAGGUCGAAGUGUAAGCAGCAGGUCGAUCAUUACAUCCCAUCCGCGCCGUGUUUCUGUGCCAUCGUCGUCGUCAUCGUCCAGCUCCAUAUCCGAAAGGCCCUUUCUAUGUUCCCGUACUAUAGUAGACCCUCAAGCUAUGCCCAUCAGACCCUGUCCAACGUCAUCAAGCCACCAGCAACCACCCGGAAGAACAAACGUCGUUUAUCUUUGUGUGUGUGCGUUAGUGCCUUCCUGUUUCUUGUCCUUCGACGGUUGUGCUCUCCUUGUGAGAAAUGCUCAGUCGUUGAAACGUACAAAAUCUGGAAAAACCUAUCUGUAGUCAUGAUCAAAAAGUACUCAUACAACUACUGAGAAAUCUCACACGUUCGCCAUUUUGUUUUCUUUUUCUUACUUUUGUUCUCUUAAGGAGUAAGGUCUGUGAAAAGAAUCCUAUGUAGGCAAGCAAUUUCACUUUAGGUAUCUCUAUUAUCAAAAGAAUGUACUGUUUCCAUGAAAGACAUGCUUCACGAACAUGGAAAAUUCCCUGCACCACCAGUUUAUCAUUUUCGAGCACAAAAACUGUGAAACGAUAAUCUACAAACUCGAUCAGGCAUGCCCUAUCAAAAGGAACUCUGAGGUCAACAACCUAUAAUCGAUUACCCUUCAAAACAACACAAGAAUCUACCCAAACACACACACAGAUCAGAAAAGAAUGUGUACGAAUAGAGAAAAAAUCCCACAACCCACGAGUCAAAGACAACUGCAGUUCACAUUGUUUGUCAUCAACAACACCCCGUUGCAAACAUAUGAAAUUUAGAGACAAAAAAAAUCUAAAAAUAUUUAUCCUUUGCACUCACAUUACCGCAAUGAAAAACAGUAAUAGCAAUCUAUUCUCGUAGAAUUCAAUAAAAUUGCAAGUAAACCCAUUUGUUUGCAAUGAAAAACAAAUCUCCACUAUUGCCAAUGAAGCAGCAUCGAACCACGAUCAUGAUGAACAUCAAAAGAAUCAAUUGUGCAUGCAGCUCUCGAGAAAUCAUUUUAAUGUUAUUCUAGUUAUUACUUAUUUACUACCAAUUCAAAAGGGAAAAAAAAUCAGUGGUAAACGUUGUAAGAACGAUUAUUUUAUCCCCGUUUAUUUAAAUUUUACUUCAAACCUUAUCAAUUUUUAGUUUUAAACUGUUAAGUUCCAUCCAUUUAUCAGAUUUAUUUGUGCUAAGGUUCCUUACAUUCUAGCCUCUGUUAUUUUGUUACUACAACUGUGUCCCUGUACUGUUACGAACCUGCGUAAGUUUGUUCGUUUGUAACGAAUAUUAUUUUUGCUUUGUUCCAUUAUUGGUAGGUUUCGUUCUUCCUAAAUUUUGACGUUUUCUCCAGCAAGUGAUAAACGAAAAUCAUUUUUAAAAAAACGCAAAUCACUAUUUAUUAAUUUUUUUUUCAAAAGGGACAAUUAUAAAAUCGAAAAAUGUCAAUAAAAACGUUAUUAAAGCAA